AUGACAUCACAACUAGGACACUCCUUCUCCGACGAAACUAAUUUCUGUUAUGGUCAAACAUUCAUCGAUAAGAAAGAGCUGAAAAUGCUACUACACACAGCAGCAGCGAGACAGUCUUUUGAUAAUUAUAUGGAGAAGAGCAGCACGAAAUUUAAUAAGGCGAAAUGCUUAUCUCGUGGUUGUGGCUGGUUGUUGCAGGCAAAAAAAUAUGAAACCUCGGACAGAUUUUGGAUAUACAAUUAUGUUGGGUUGCACACAUGCGGUGUUGAACACGCCACCCGCAGGCACAAGAAAGUCUCAUUCGAAUUGAUUGCUUUAGUAUGCGUAAAUUAUUUCCGGGAUAGUAAGGGUCCAAGUAUAAGAGAAAUUCAAAGGAUUGUGUUUAAGGAUUUGUGUUGCAACGUAAGCUAUUGGAUAUGUUGGAAAGGAAGUGUAAUUGAGAAAAACAUCAUUCGCUGGACACCGAAGCGUAGAUGUGCUUGCGUGCCGGCUUUUUUCCAUAUGCAUUCGAAGCUUGCAUACGGGAAUAUGCCCAUGAGAAAGGUAAUUGCCGUCGAUGGCACACAUUUAUAUGACAAGUACGGGGGCGUUCUGUUGAGUGCCAUUGCACAGGACACUGAAAAUCAUAUCUUUCUGAUUGCCUUUUGUGUCGUCGAUAAAGAGGAUGAUGCUUCUUGGACCUUCUUCUUCCAGAAACUGAAGUCUAUUGUAGAAGAUAAACCAGAUCUAUGUGUCAUCUCCGACAAGUAUAUUAGCAUCGUCAAUGUCUUCUCCUGUGUAUACAGUCGUGCACAUCACGGACUUUGCAUGAGGCACCUCACUGAGAAUCCUUGCAUAAAUCAACACUGCAGAGAACAUUUUUAUCUAUUCUAUGCCGCGGUAAAGACUUAUUCCUUUGAUAAGUUUAGCGAUAAUUUUAUAGAAUUGAAGAGUAAGUGCCCCGAGGCAGGACAUGUCCUUAAAAAUGCACUUGAUUUUGAAAAAUGGGGUAGAGCACACUUUCUGAGUAAUAGGUACGACGUGAUAACCACAAACAUCGUCGAAUCGCUCAACUCGAUUUUGAUGGAUGAACGGGAGUACCCCGUGUCCUACAUAUUUAAUUCAAUUACUAAAAAAUUUGGUGAAAAGUUUAGAGAGCGGCAUGCCUUUGUCGAUGGUAAAGAGAACAUAUUUGUGCCUUAUGCGGAAAGGAUCCUAAGGAUAAUAAGAGCGUGA